CUAUUAGUCCCUGCCUAGUCUCUCUUGCCUCUACUCUUUCCCCUUACUCACCCUAUUUGUCAUAAUACAUCUAUCUAGACAUGUCAGCAGCACUUCCCAAUACUGCUUUCCCUUCAAUUGUUGAAACAGCAGCAGGACUAAGCCCUGCUGCAGUUGUCGGUGCUGCAGCUGUCGGUGCUACAGUUGCUGCAUUAUCGACCGGGUCAGAUGUAGGCAGCGACGGAGCAUCUAGCAAAGACGCAAAGUCUGGUCCGGACAUCACCCAGAUGGACUUGCUAAGCGGUGUGCCCACUGUCAUUGCUUUCAUUUUCACCAUUGCCCAAGCGACAACAACACCGCUGGAUAUAGCACGCCCAGCGCUGGACAGGUUUCUGAGAUGGCUUGAGGACAGCAUCAAGCAGGACUUUGACGUGUUUCUCUAUUCAUGCACCAAGGAGUGCCAUACCUGCCGCUACGAACUCACGAAAGAGGCACUGCUCAAGCGGCUGAAGAAAAACACUGGCGUCAAAGGCAUGCCCGGUUGCGUCGGGACCGAUCUAGUUACUGUAGAAGAUAUAAUGGGGAUCAUUCAGGACGGCAGCGGCGACACAUUGCUUGAGCUGGCGCAUAUUGGCGGCUACACUGACAUGGAUAGCCUGCGUGGUGCUGUGUGCUUCAACAAGUAUGUGCCCAAGCGGCUUCAGGUUAUUGUGCUCUGGCAAUGGAUACAUGUGCUUACCAGGCUGUUCAUCUUUGACCUCUUGCCUGCAAUCGGACGGUAUACCUGGAGCACCAUGAGAUGGUUCGGCCGGUUGAUUCGGAGCACAGAACGGAAGUUGAAGGACAAAAAGAUCACUCCACGCAACGACAACCCCCGAGUCAUCGACUACGAGAUGCUGACGCUGGCAAAGCACCGGAUUCGUGUCCAGCACCAGCCAUGGGUCCGCUUCGGAACGUACUAUCUACUGGCAGAGCUGUCGAAGAAGCCCGUUAGUUUUCGGUCUUGGGGCAAGGACGACCGCACCUCUAACCAGCGCUGUACCCAGCACCCAGCACUGUUUGAGCGAAGGCUGGUUUCCUUGAUCACCACCGAUGAAUGCUCGGCGGCCCGGAUGCUGUACGUGGUGUCACUGCUCAGCAUCCGCACGAUGCUUCUCUGUGGCGGCAUCGCGUUUGUUCCUGCAUACCUGAUUAUCGGCGCAUUCACCAGGCUGUCCACACACCUUAGUGGCCCGAUGCUCGAGGUGAACAACAGUGCCAUCGAUGACGUCUUCCAUACUAUGUAUCAGCUCGAAACAAGAAGCAAAGAGAGUGAGGAGCGCCAGGCCCAGGGACGCGUUCAGGCGGCAUACAGCUCAGUCUUGAAGAAGCUUCAGUCAGAGCUAGGCGAUAAACUCCAGCGGUCCAGCGAGACAAUCGUCUUGCUGAACCUGGCGCUCGCAGAUAUCAGCGAUGAAGAUGUAAAGCGUGCGUGGGGAAUUAUAAAAGGCAAGGAUGCUGUAGGCACAGGGCAGGGCAUCGGUGAGUCGCCUGCUGAAGCUCAGAGCACCGAUGAUGGCUUCAAAAUCGCCGGAAUUGGAACCGAUGCCAAGUCAUUCUGGUCGGUGUGCCAGCGCCAGGCCACGAUUGGCAACGACAUCCACGAGCUUCUCGAGAGCCUUCAGUCGUACGACAUACAAUGGGGCACGACAAUAUGGCUUCUCCAGCUGUUUCUUACAGCAUACAAAGAGGUUACUAGUAUGGUGGUAACAGACGAUGGCGGCAGCCCCUGUAAUUUGUCCCACGAAUCUCCUAGCAAAAUCCGUGGAAUUGCCACUGCACUCUGCUAUUCACCAUUCCAGCCACUAAUCCCUCAACUCUCUACGAAUCCACAAACUUCACGUCACCAGCAGCAGCACCAGCAGCAGCAGCAGCAGAGCGAACACCAGCCCAGACCCCAGCGAAGAGGCCACCUGCAUCUUUGGCAUCGCCCAAAUCAGAAUAGGCAACAGGAACAACCGCAGCAUGAUGUAGCCCAGCAGAAUACCCAAGCUGGGCAACCAAAGCCUACGCUAGGUGAACAAAAGGUGGCCAAAAGACAGAUCCAGAUGCCAAAGAAGCCUUCUAGCAAGGCUGGGUUUGAGCAUGCCUUCUCCACAGGAUGGUCACCACUGGAUUCGGGCAACAAAUCGCAACUCUUUCGCGCCCCACCUGCCUGGUGUACAUGUACUGGGCACUGCACUGGACUCUGCACGCUGGUUGUCGAGGCAUGCAAGAUGUAUAUUUCGCCAUCGCUAUAUCCAUGGACCCCGUACGUGUUCACACAGCAGUUUGCCAGCUACACAUCCGCAGGACCCAAAGGGAGUUCUGAGUUCUGGUCUGUUCCAGAUUCGGUUCGCUUGCUAUGCUCGACCAACAUCGAUGCCGUCAAGGGGCUCAUAGGCAGGAAUGACGGCUGGGGAAAGAUAUUGGACAUUGCUCCAGAUGACAGCAUCAGAGUGAACCUUGGCGAACAGCCCCCACUUCUCAGAGCCGGUACGGUUGGCUCGACAAUGGUGCGCGCCCUGUCGUUUUUGAAAACAGAACACACAAAACCUCCGCCAAACCCAUUUGGGAGACUUCUCUACAGCAAUGUCCCCAAGAUACUUAUCGCUUCGCGGGGUCGCAUCUACGAAUGGAGGUUUGGCAACGGCAGUGAAGGUACCAGCCAUGACGCUGUCAACAAGAUUCUGGGCGAAGUCAAGGGGUACUUCCUCAGUUCCAAUUCCAUUGCCAUUGGCCAUGUUGCGCCCCCUACAGACAGCAAGGAGACACCGCUCAAAGCGACAUCCAGCCAUAGCAGCCACCUUAUGCUACGACACAUCAACUACCAUCGGCAGCUAAAGCGCUUCAGUGUUCCCUCAAAACCGCGCAUGCCCCCGGCGGCUUGGCGCAGAUUCGACCCACCAGGCACAUAGGCGCCGGGUCAUGCCAGCGACCAAUCAUUACACAACGAUUGGCGUCUCCAUUAUUGUAGUUGUCAAUUCAUGCAUGCUGGCCAGUCUGCAUCCCUUUUGAGAAC